UAAACAAUGUUUAGCAAAAAAUACUUUAAACAAACACCCUAAUUAUUAUAGUAAAAAUACUGUAAUCUAUUGACUAUAAAUGUAACAUGCAGGACAUGUGGCAUGUGGGUAGACGGAGACUACUUAACAAUAAGUAUUUGUUAAACUAAAGAGAGUUCAAUUCCUCUUUUGAAGAUCUUUGAGUGCCAAGCAAUGGCGAUUCCUCACGUUUAUCCAAUGUUCCUUUUGAUCCUAUCACUCUUCUGCUUGCCUACUUUGCUAGCCAUCCCUUUCCAAGACUGCGGCUGGGGAGAUUAUCCAAUCAAAGUCACUGGUGUGGAGGUAUUUGAGGAGCAGAACAAAGCAAGCUUAAACAUAACCGGUUCAACAAAUAAAUUAAUCACUGGAGGAUUCGUGCUCUUGGGGGUUAAUAUUGGCAACAAGAAGAUCAUAGACGACAUAUACGAACUCAGUGAACUGAUCACAUGCCCUGUUUCACCUGGCCCUAUUGUGCUUCCUCUUCACAAACUAUUUCCUUAUUCAACAGAGGAGAAGAUGAGGGUUUCAAUAAGCGUUAAUGACCCUGAUCACGAGGAAAUAAUGUGUCUCUACUUCUAUUACGAUACUUCAAGUACUGGUGUAGUUUUUGCUUAGUCAAGGGGAGAAAAUGUGUUCUCAAGUUUCUACACGAAUCUUAUUUCUUACUACUAGCUAGUACAGAAUCAGCAUUCUCUAUGUUGUUUUCUCUCUUUGAUCUGUUGUCCAAGAAAUAAGAAAGGGUUUGUGUGUGUAUACCCUUAACUGAUUUUAGAUUUUUGUCUACUUUCAUCUAGUUUAAUUUCUUUGAACCA